AAUGUCAUUCGAUAUUAUGCCUGCAUGUACAUGUAACCAAAGGAUACCGCGAAUCAAUGAUUGAUACAAGAGCAUGCCGUGAAAUCUAAAUAAGAGUUUCACAUAAACAUUUAACACAAGUCAACUAUCCCCACCUUUUAAAGACGCUAAUUUUAUCACAUCCAAUCCUAAAUGAGAGGGGUGUGAUUCCCUUGAAUGGUACCCACUUGUCUGCAACAAUGAUUGGCCAAGUCUAAUUAAAAGACCUCUUGAUUGGUGUCAUUCAAAUUAUGGGAAGCAUCGAGAAAUCGUGAACCUCCACACCAAAACCUUUAGUAUCCUAUUGAAUCCCCCCACCACUUCCAACUUCGCAUAUAUUAUGACCAUCAGAGUAGCAAUCAGACCUUCGGACAUCAACGUCGCUUUUCUCUUCUUUCUGGUGUUGCAAAAACUUCGUGAGCUACUACUCGAGAGAAGCUUUAGAUUUGCUUGUUGGCCGCAUAUAGUAAGGGUGAUUCUGAAUAGCGUGUUUCCGAAUUUACAAGAGGAGCUGGUACCACUAUCAGAAGAAGAAAAGAGAAGCUUUAGCAACUUGAAAACCGAAACCUUCGAUCGACUGUUUGGGAAAUUCUAUUUCACAUUACCUGACAAAGAGGCUUCUAAAAUCAAUAUCCAACAGGAGCUGGAACUUAAGCAACCUCGCAAGUAUGUGCAAGAAAUCGUUCCCCGACGACCAUCGUAGUCGGAGUAUGGCCAAACGCCUACGGCAUCGUCGUGUGAGGCAGAUUCGAAAACUCCUGACAUUAAUAGCAUUAAUAGCA